CACACACACUUUCACUUUUACACACACAACCUAUUUCUUUUAUAUUAUCACAUCUUUUUUUUUAUUUGUUUUAAUUUUUUAAUUUAUAUUUUUCUUUUUUUUCCAAAUCAAUUUAAUUAAAUAUAUUAUUUAUAUUUUUUAAAUUUUUUCUAUAAAUAAAUUUUAAUUUUAAAUUAGAUAAAUUAUCUAAUUCGGUUGGUUUCAUACAUACUUACAUACAUAUACACACAUAUAAAACACAAUAAACAAAACAUAAAAUAUUAUAUAAAAACAGAUAAACAAAUACACACGCACACAUAUAUUUAUACACAGAUAUACAGAUACAAAUAAGUAUUUUAUUAUUAUGGGUGAUCAUUUAAAAAAUACAAGAGAAUGGAUUAUUCAUUCAGCAAAUAAAGGUGAAGAGGUAGAGGUUGAAAAAACCCAUUUCUUCGCAGGCACAAAUGAUGAAGAUCAAGAACAAUUUUUAUUUACAAAAGAGGAGUUAACCAAUCCAAAAGAAUUAGCAAAGGCUAUGAAAGUUAAAAUUCCACUUUAUGUACCAAUCAUUAAUUGGAUUAAAUCAUAUUCAAAAGAUGAUUUGGUUGGUGAUGUAUUAUCAGCCAUUACAGUUGCCACUAUGUUAGUACCACAAGGUUUAGCAUAUGGUGUUUUAGCAACUUUACCAGCAAUUUAUGGUUUAUAUUCAGGUUGGUUACCAUUGGUUAUAUAUUCAUUUAUGGGCAGCUGUAAACAAUUAGCAGUUGGACCAGAAGCUUUAUUAUCAGUAUUAUUAGGUUCAAUUUUAAAUGGUAUGAGUGAAGAUCAGGUUGGAACUGAUGCAGGACGUAUUAGUGUUGCACAUACAUUAGCAUUAUUAGUUGGUAUUGUAAGUUUUCUCUUUGGUGUAUGCCAGUUUGGUUUUCUUGGGGGUAUUUUAUCAAGAUGGGUUCUAUCUGGUUUCAUUAAUGCUGUUGCUUUAAUUAUUGCAAUUUCACAAUUGGAUGCUUUAUUGGGUGUUGUCCCAGGUUCUCAUUCAGGACAUCAUCCUGGUCCAUAUCAAAAGUUUUGGGACACAAUUACAAAUUUAAAUGACGCCGAUAAAGCUACUGUUAUCAUGUCAGCUGGUUGUUGUGCAUUUUUAGUUGGUAUGCGUUUCUUUAAACAACUUCUUAUUAAGAAGUUUGGUUGGAAGAAUGCAAAAUACAUUCCAGAGAUUUUAUUAACCGUUAUUAUCACAAUUCUCGUCACUUGGUUAUUUGGUUUACAAAAAGAUGUAGAUAAAGCCACUGGUCAACAAAUUGGUAGUGGUAUUAAAAUUCUUUUAGAUGUCGAUGGUGGUUUCCCAACUCCAGAUUUCCCAUCAUUCAAAACAAGUAUUGUUCAAGAGUUAUUACCACAAGCUUUUCUUAUUGUUAUUGUAGGUUUUGUAGAGGCAACUGCUGUCAGUAAAGGUUUAGCUACCAAGCACAACUAUCAAAUCAGUAGUAAUCGUGAAUUGGUUGCUUUUGGUACCGCAAAUAUUUUAGGUUCAAUCUUUGGUUCAUACCCAGUUUUCGCUUCAAUUCCACGUACCUCAAUUCAAGAUAUGGCUGGAUCACGUACAUGUUUAAGUGGUUUCAUUACUUCAUGUCUUUUAUUAGUCACCUGUGUAUUCUUAACCUCACUCUUUAAAUAUCUCCCAUAUUGCGCUAUGGCUUCAAUUAUUUUUGUUGCUGCUUUUGGUCUUAUCGAAGUACAUGAAGCUAAAUUCCUUUGGAAAACUCGUUCAUGGGGUGAUUUAAUUCAAUUUACAAUUGCCCUUUUAUCAACUUUUAUUCUCGAAGUCGAACUUGGUAUUCUUAUUAGUGUUGGUAUGUGUAUUUUCUUGGUAUUAAAACAUUCAGCCUCACCACACGUUUACAGUGUUUUAGGUCGUGUUCCAGGUACAAAUCGUUUCAAAGAUGUUGCUAAAUUCCCAGAAGCCGAACCAAUUGAAGGUAUUUUAUUAAUUCGUAUUGAUGAAGUCCUUUAUUUUGCAAAUAUUGGUCAAUUCAAACAAUUAUUAUCUGAAAUUGAAAGAAUGAUGGAUAAAUCAUCUAGUGUCACUGGUAGUGGUAGUACUCCACUUCAAUCCAUCAUUAUUAAUGUUGUCAAUAUCCCAGAGAUGGAUGCUAGUGCUCUUUUAACCAUCGAAGAAAUGGUAGAAGCUUAUCAUAAACGUAGUGUUAAAGUCGCUUUUGUUCAAGUUAGUGAAAAAAUUAAAGAUUCAUUCAAGAAAUCUGGUCUCUAUGAUAUUGUUACCCCACAAUAUUUAUUUGAUAGCAAUUACGAAGCUGUUACUUUCUUGGAACAAAAUAUUAAUCAAAGUUUACACAGCUCUAGACAAGUUAACUUAAAUAUGCCAAUCAAUAGCGAAUUCAACGGCGAUGAUGAUGAUAGUAUCUCUCCAUCACAAAAACCAUUAAGAAAUCAACAAUUUAUUAAUGAAUAUAACGAUGAAGAUGUUGGUGGUGGAGGUGCAAUCCUUAACGAUAAUCUCAAAUUAGAAGAUGACAGCGAUCCAGAUUCUGACGAUUUUAUCAGUAAAUAAUAAUAGCGAUCGUUUGCAAACCAU